GUGUAUCAUUGUCCCGCUACCGAAAAAAGCGUCUGCAGUCAAAUGCGAGCAGUAUAGAACCCUCAGCUUAGUGGCCCAUGCAUCUAAGAUCCUAACCACUAUAAUUUUACGGAGGAUCGAAGGGAAGAUAGAAGCGAUGCUCACGGAGGACGAGUUCGGUUUCAGGAAAGGAAGGGGCACCCGUGAAGCAAUUCUAGGUCUACGCCUAAUUAUUGAAAAGAGAUUAAGGAAAGACCAAGACACGUAUAUUGCCUUCAUAGACCUGGAAAAAGCGUUCGAUAGGGUCGACUGGCAGCUGUUCAAGAUACUGAGGGAGGCAGGCGUGAAGUACAAGGACAGGAGGGUGGUGCAGAGACUGUACAGAGAGGAGAUGGCGGUGGUGAGGUGCGGUGAACAUCAAGCAAGGAAUGCGACAGGGCUGCUCACUCUCACCUGUCCUGUUCAGUGGUUAUAUUCAUAGAGGGUUGGAUGAGGUGAGAGAGAAGCUUGAAGGAGUAAGAAGAGUGUGUAUUCAAGGGGAGAAAGUUGACAUGCUACGAUUUGCUGAUGACAUAGCAGUGUUGGCUGAAAAUUUGCAAGACCUGGUAGCGACCCUGGCGGAGAUGGAGAGCACCCUCAGCACCACCUACAACUUGAACAUCAACAAAGAGAAGACUAAAAUCCUGGUGGUGAGCAAACAUGGCAUGCAGGCGCAUUGCUCGCUGGGCAGCGAGCGGCUGGAGAACAUGGAGUCCUUCACGUAUCUUGGAUGCAGGUUAUCAUCAGAUGAAAGGUCAAAAGCAGAAGUUAUAAGCCGCAUUAAUCAAGCGAAGCUCGCCUUUAACAAAAAGCACAACCUUUUCACCUCUAACAGCAUUGAUAAACACCUCAGGAAACAUCUGGUAAAGACAUUUGUAUGGAUUGUAUUAUUAUAUGGAAGUGAGACCUGGACAAUCGGGGAGGCAGAGAAAAAGAGAAUAGUGGCAUUUGAACCGUGGUGCUACCGUAGAAUAUUAAAAAUGCCCUGGGUGGACAGAGUGUCAAACAAAGAAGUGCUGCUGAGGAUUGAGGAGGAGAAACUGUGCCUGUGGGAUACGUUACAGAAGAGAAGAAACAUCUGGGUCGGGCACAUCAUAAGACUCUUGGGACUGAUUAAGAUGAUCCUUGAAGGUGCUGUGGAGGGAAAGAACUCUAGGGGCAGACCGAGGUUAACAUAUAUUAAUCAGUUAACGGAGGACACCGGCUGCCCCUCCUAUACAGCAUUGAAGAGACUUGCUGAGGAUCGAGAAGCUUGGAGAGCUGCUGCCAGCCAGUCCUACAAAUAGGAUUGAUUACAAAAGAAGAAGAAAUAAAUGUGUAUAUCCUUGAGCUGCAAGCAAAUGCACACACACACACACAUACUGGCAAUAUCAGUUUUAUACAUAGAUGGCUCCAUACUUGUGAUUACCAUUAUAUUUCCCAAAAUGGUUAAAAAAAAUUAUUAUGCCCUACAUAUAUCUUUGCCUUAGGAAAAGUAGAAUAAAUAAAGUAAUUCUACAUGUUUUUAUACACAGAUUAGUUUAAAUUCUUGUUGUGACUAGUUAUUUAAGUAUUUUUGUCCCAUUAGUAUGGAGUUAGAAUUCUUGUUAUAUGUGGUGCUAAUCUCAUGUUGGCAUGUUAUUACAAUAUAUUACUUUUUAUAUCCUUAUCCUGGUGUACUGUUUUUUUAUGAGGUGUAUGUUAUGAUGAGUUUAGUUUGGUAGCCUGUAUAUGCAUGGGUUGUUAUUUCUUGUUUGUAGCAUUUUCUAUGUGAAAGUUGACUGGUGUAUUCAAACAGUGGUCAUAUAUGUAAAAACUGUAAUAUGUUUUAUGUGUGGAAAGCAGGGCUGUGGAGUCAGUAAUAAAAUCUCGGACUCCUUCAUAAAAGCUCAAUAUGUAUUAAUGAUGGUAAACCUACUAAAAUGGUAAAUGGUACCACAAGAGAUUUCAUCAUGAGGCUACAUUUUAGACUUAUAUGUUUAAAUAUUUGUCUAAUGGUUAUUGCUGAAAUCGGUUGAUUUGUAGACAGUUUGUAUUCUUAAGGUACCGGAGCCAAAGUUACAAAGAAUUAUUGAAUCUCCCUAACCGGGAGACCACUGGCGGCUCACACGGUAGCGAAAGCAUUCUUAAGAAUUUAUGUCGGAGUCGGUACAUUUUUACCGACUCCACAGCCAUGGCGGAAAGGAUAAAAUAUUUCCUUCAUAUUCUUACAGUCCGAGGUAUAUUAGCUAACAUGACUGACAUUGUUGUUUGUUUUGCGUCCAAAUGUGAAAGGGUUAAGGAAGUGCAGUUAUAGAUUGGCAGUAAAAUGCCAGCUGGAUGCUGGGAUUCAGUUUUUCCUCAUUGUCGGACAUAAAAGUGGUUUGAACAUGAAGCUGACCACUUCCUUUCAUCAUCUCAAAUAUGUGCUGUCAGAUUUGACUGUGAAGAAGCUCUUGCCAUUGGAUUCCAGCAGUUUGAGCUACAGCAAGUUACACAGAGUUUCAGAUGAGUGACGUUCCAGUCUAUGUGUGUCACCUUGGAGAUGUCAUCUACCAAGACACCUUCCGCAGGUGUGCAUGGAGCUAAGCAUCAAAUGGAGAGAGAUGUCAUGAAAAGCUGCCAGCCACCUGUUGAUAACAAGGUCAUCAUUGACACCAGUCAGGACCACUUGGGGAUGGAGCUUUUCAGUCAUUCAAAAGUCACUCUGUUGCAAGAGCUUGACAAAACUCAAGGUCAGAACAAGUACUGCCUUAUGUUUCAUUUAGUGGUGCAUAAGAAUAGGGUUAAUUUCUCCUAUCAUUAGAACAGGAGUUGGAAACUCAGGUCUCCAUAGCCUUGAAGGUGUUAUUUAGAAUGUUGUUGUUGUCCUUGGGCCUUGGCUAAUAUUUGUAUACUCUAGCUCAGUGGUCCCCAACACAGUGCCCGCCAAGGCUUUUUUUGGAUGCCCGAGUUGUUAUGGAAAGAGGUUA